UGAUAGAACAUUAGGGACCAAAAUGAAAUUUGGGUUAAGAAAGUGACCGAGUUGCAAUUUCAACAAAUGCAGUGUUCUCUUUGACUUGAUAGAACGCAGCUCUCGGAAACUCAGAUGGCAAAAGGGUUGCAGCUAUUCGUUAGCAGGUUAUCAUUUUACACUACGAAUGAACAGUUGAAGAAUCUCUUUUCACCUUUUGGCGCUGUUACCGAAGCUAGGCUUGUUAAAGAUCCAAGAACGCAAAGGCCUAAAGGUUUUGGAUUUGUUACCUUUGAGUCAGAAGCAGAUGCCCAGAAUGCAUUGAAUUCUCUGAACGGAAGGGUAAUUCCUGAGCUUUUUAGAUGUUUACGUUUGGUUAGUAUGUUAUCUGUAUAUUGAGUUGAUGGAACAUGCUUAAUAGUGACACCGAUCCACAAUAGUGCAUGUACCCAUCAGUAAUCAGUGCAGGUGGACUUGCUAGUUUAGACUUAAUUGUAUAUAAAAUUUUGGAUAAUAUAUAAGUUUCUUCUAAAUCUGUACCUAUUGCUAGAAAGGUGACAAUGAGUUAUGGUUAUAGUGGUAUCCCACAUUUUAAACUAGUUGUGCCUGUAUCUAUUGACAAUUCUUAGACCUCCAUUUGCUUUUAAAAAAGCUAUUUAUCGAUCAUAGGUUAAAGGAAGCAGGUAUCUAAUUCGAAUGCUUCACUGCAAAACUGUAAGCGAAAGAUCUAUUUCAAGCUGAGUUGUUUCCGCAUAUUGUCUGACUUUGAACUCUAUGCCAUCAUCCACCUGCAUUUACUGGUGUAUUCAUUGGUCGUAAGGACUUUGAAAUAUGAUAAUGGUCCUGCAAAUGCUUUUUCAGUUGGAGUCAGGAUUAUCAUUGUUGUAAAGAGACCAAUGAUAAGGGAAGGAUGGAAUAUGUAAGUUAUGGGGCAUUCAUAGGCUUAUAAAGACACAUGCAAGAAUAUCGCCAUCUAAGAACAUCUAACUUCCACUGAGAUCUAAGGUUAUAGGAAGUUACUGGUUUACAUAGAGAUAUUGCUCUAGCUGUAGGAACUGUGUCUUAUUAUGAAUGUUUAUAAUUGUUAUUUGUUCUUGGUUCCUUUGAUAUUUAUCUUUUAAUGGAGAUUGUAAAGAAUGAAUCUUAGGUCUAACUCAACCUCAAAAGCUAGCUCAUGAGGGGAGGAUUGUUCAAGUCCAUAUAAGGAGACCAUUUACCCAUCCCUCUUCCGAUGUGGGAUGCUUAAC